AUGACUGAAUCCAUUGACGCCAACAACAUUGACGCCCUUGUCCUGCGGGUCUUGACGCUCUACGAGCAGGUGGCGCCACGAAGAUUGAUCAUCUCGUUGGCUGGGACGCCUGGCUCGGGUAAAACUUCCCUUUCCACCAACAUCGUGAACGCAGUCUCCAAAACAGUCAAAGCGUUGGUUGUUCUGCAAGACGGAUUCCACUUAUACAGAGCACAACUCUUGGAGCUCGCCGAUCCAGCUGAGGCAGUGAGAAGAAGAGGUGCUCCCUUCACCUUCAAUGCAACAGGAUUUUUGGAGUUGGUCAAGCAAAUCCGUUCUCAGCUGACAGAGCCCAUUCUAGCGCCCACGUUUGACCAUGCGUUGAAAGACCCUUUGGAAAACGAUUUGACCAUCGAGCCAGACGUCGGUAUUGUCAUCCUCGAGGGCAAUUACCUCUCGCUCAAGGAUGACGUGUGGACUGAGAUUAGCAACUACGUUGAUGAGACGUGGAUCUGCAAAGCUCCGUUGGAUUUGGUCCACCAGAGGCUCGUUAAAAGACACUUGGAGUCGGGAAUCGCGGCCAACCAGCAGGAAGCAGAAGAAAGAGCGGGAGGAAGCGACUUUGACAACGCUAAAUACAUCUUAGAGCACUCGAAGAAGGUGGACUUGGAGAUCUACACAGGUUAG